AGAGAGAGAGAGAGAGAGAGACAGAGAGAGACAGAGAGAGAGAGACAGAGAGAGAGACAGAAACAGAGAGAGACAGAGAGAGACAGAGACAGAGAGAGACAGAGACAGAGACAGAGAGACAGAGACAGAGACAGAGCGAGAGAGAGAGACAGAGAGAGAGACAGAGAGACAGAGACAGAGAGAGACAGAGACAGAGAGAGACAGACAGAGCGAGAGAGACAGAGAGAGACAGAGAGAGACAGAGAGAGAGACAGAGAGAGAGAGAGACAGAGAGAGAGAGACAGAGAGAGAGAGAGACAGAAAGAGACAGAGAGAGAGAGAGACAGAAGAGAGAGAGAGAGAGAGAGAGACAGAGAGAGACAGAGAGAGACAGAGAGAGAGAGAGAGAGAGAGAGAGAGACAGCGAGAGAGAGAGACAGACAGAGAGAGACAGAGAGAGAGAGAGACAGAGAGAGAGAGAGAGAGAGACAGAGAGACAGACAGAGAGAGACAGAGAGAGAGAGAGACAGAGAGAGAGAGAGAGAGAGAGAGAGAGACAGCGAGAGAGAGAGACAGACAGAGAGAGACAGAGAGAGAGAGAGACAGAGAGAGAGAGAGAGAGAGACAGAGAGACAGAGAGAGAGAGACAGAGAGAGAGACAGAGAGAGAGACAGAGAGAGAGAGACAGAGAGAGAGAGACACCCUUUCUCUACUUCUUCUUCCAUCUCUCUAUUCCUUUCUUCCUCCCACUCUUCCUCUACCUCUCAUCCAAGCCUCCAGUAUCCCCUCCCUCUGCUCAACAGCAUCCAAGCCUCUAGUAUCCCCUCCCUCUGCUCAACAGCAUCCAAGCCUCCAGUAUCCCCUCCCUCUGCUCAACAGCAUCCAAGCCUCCAGUAUCCAAGCCUCCAGUAUUCCCUCCCUCUGCUCAACAGCAUCCAAGCCUCCAGUAUCCAAGCCUUCAGUAUCCCCUCCCUCUGCUCAACAGCAUCCAAGCCUCCAGUAUCCAAGCCUCCAGUAUCCGCUCCCUCUGCUCAACAGCAUCCAAGCCUCCAGUAUCCCCUCCCUCUGCUCAACAGCAUCCAAGCCUCCAGUAUCCCCUCCCUCUGCUCAACAGCAUCCAAGCCUCCAGUAUCCAAGCCUCCAGUAUCCCCUCCCUCUGCUCAACAGCAUCCAAGCCUCCAGUAUCCCCUCCCUCUGCUCAACAGCAUCCAAGCCUCCAGUAUCCCCUCCCUCUGCUCAACAGCAUCCAAGCCUCCAGUAUCCAAGCCUCCAGUAUCCCCUCCCUCUGCUCAACAGCAUCCAAGCCUCCAGUAUCCCCUCCCUCUGCUCAACAGCAUCCAAGCCUCCAGUAUCCCCUCCCUCUGCUCAACAGCAUCCAAGCCUCCAGCACAACAUCCAUCAAACUCCAUGGUAUAG